AGAUUCGCUGACAAGAUGAGUGACGAAAUGCCUUAUGAAAUCAGCGUAAAGAUUUACGCGCUGAUCCCAAGAGAGUUCUUAUGGACUGACGGGUCUUCUGUUCAGUGUGGACUCUGUCGCCAAAACAACGCAUCUGUCACGCUUCCUCAUGCGCCCGGAGCCAUAAGGCACUUCAAACGACGCCACCGAAAGACAUAUAAUUCCUUCUCUAAAGAAGUUCGGUAUCAAGACUACCGGGCUCAAGGCGAAGCUGGACAAGAUCCCAAUUUCGAAUACAAUCGGUAUCCAGUCCAAAACCAACAUAUGAUGGCUCAAGGCCCAGGUGUCUACCCAAUGUUGGCUGCUGCCGCUCCUCAGGAGCAAAAUCAUCUUCUUGGUGAUCGCAUCUACGCUGGUGUCUCCCAAAACUGCAUGGGAUAUCCACAAAAUCCGCAAGAAGGGCCACGUGGACCACCACAGCCCUGGAACAUCGAUAUUUCAUCUUUCGUUGUUUUCAUUGUCAUUUUGUUUUUUUCAUCUAUAUGAAUAACAAAAAAUGCAGAAU